CCCCAAUCCCCACAAUCCACUCAUUUCACUUUUUCUAUAUAAAUUCCCUCAUUAUUCUCCCAAACAACUAAAUUUAAUUUACAAUUCUCAACAUUCCUAUCUUUCAAUAUGUCUAUCUCUAAUUCAAGGAGGUUUCUCAUUCCCUCCGCCACGGUGGCCGCCACUCCUCCGGAGCUAGCACAGCCCCGUCCUGGGUUCGGUAGCUUCGACAUGAACGUAGUAAUGGUUCUUUCAGUUUUACUCUGCGCUUUAAUUUGUUCUCUGGGUCUCAACGCCAUCCUCAAAUGCGCCUUGAGGUGCUCCACUUUGCUAGCCACGGUGUCAGGGGGGCGUGGUGGUGGGGCCUUAGUGGUACACCCGAAAGGUGUUCGACGAAACGUCUUGAAGAAAUUCCCAACAGUUGAGUACUCUAAAGAAGGGAAUAAAUUGAGGGGAAUUGAUGGGGAGUGCGUGAUUUGUUUGUUGGAGUUUGAAGCUGGGGAUCGGGUUCGUGUAUUGCCUAAGUGUUAUCAUGGAUUCCAUGUUCAUUGCAUCGAUAAGUGGUUGAGUUCCCAUACUUCUUGCCCCAAGUGCCGCAAUUGCCUUACUGACACUUGCCAUAAGAUCACCGCCGGGUGCGCCCAGGAGACGCACGUGACAACGGCAGCAGAGAGUUCAUCCUCUGUAGAACCACCGCGGGCGGAGGAGGUGGGGGUGAAUGUUGUUAUUGCUCCGGUGGAAAGGGAAGGUAUGAUAAAUAACUAUAGGGAAAGUAUGAGUAGAUGAGAUUGAAGUGGGAAGUGGGGUUUAGCUGAUUGGGACUGUGGGGUUGGGUUGUUUUUUGUGAUUGAUGGAGCAUUUUGGCUGCUUUUGCUUUUGCCUACAAGUAACCAACUUUUUUUUAUAAAAAAAUUAAUUAGGAUUACAAGGAAAUUAAAGGUCUAGUUAAGCUAAGAUUAAUUAGUCUACCUAUUCAAAUGUAAAUAUCUUUUCUUUUUCCACUUCCUUCCAAUGAAAUUAAAAGUUUUUGGCUCAUUAUAAUUAUAUUUA